GCACCCAGCAUGGAGGGAAAUCGGCGGGGUUUAGGACCCGGCGGGACGCGCGGUACAAUAGAGCUGUUGUGCCGUGGUGGUGGACAGAUUGCAACCCUGGAGAUUCCCACUGAGGUGGGAUACAAAAAAACUACAUUUAAUCUAUAGCUAGGACCAGAGGCUCUGUUUCUUAGGUGUGCGUUUAAAGGUGUGUCUGGGCGGAUAUGUGGUUGGUAUAACGAGGACAAGCAGCGCGUGGACUGAAGGAUGUUACAGGAUGAAACGUCUCAGGUCCUCAAGCAGCAGUGACAGCAGUUCUGACAAUGAGAGUCCCUCAACCUCCUUCUGCUCCUCCAACAAGUAUGGCAGUAAACCUGGAACCCCAGCCUCCAACCCAAAGAAACCGGCUGAAGUGUUCAGAAAAGACCUGAUCAGUGCCAUGAAGCUGCCAGACUCUCACCAUGUCUCCCCAGAGGACUACUACCUGUUGGCAGACACCUGGAAGCAGGAAUGGGAGAAGGGGGUUCAGGUGCCAGCAAGUCCAGACACCAUUCCAGAGCCGUCAGUCAGAAUUAUUGCGGAGAAGCCCAAGGAAGUCCUUUACUCCCACCAGAAGAAGUACAUCCAGUGCUCCUCCCAGGAGUCAACUGAACCAGGUUAUGUCAACAUCAAAGAGCUGGCAGAGGCCAUGUGUCGCUAUGAUCUGGACGACACGGACCUCUACUGGCUGCACGCGCUCAACCGAGAGCUCGACCGCAUGGGGGAGGAGCCCAUAGACGAGCUAACGAUGGAGCGCGCCAUGGAGGCCCUGGAGAGGCAGUGCCAUGACAACAUGAACCACGCCAUCGAGACGGUGGAGGGUCUUGGGAUCGAGUAUGACGAGGAUGUUAUCUGCGAUGUGUGCCGCUCCCCUGACAGCGAAGAAGGGAAUGACAUGGUGUUCUGUGACAAGUGCAACAUCUGUGUGCACCAGGCCUGCUACGGCAUAGUCAAAGUGCCUGUUGGAAACUGGCUGUGCAGGACGUGUGUCCUCGGCAUCGACCCGCAGUGCCUUCUGUGUCCCCAGAAGGGCGGUGCCAUGAAGGCCACACGUGCAGGCACCAAGUGGGCACAUGUAAGCUGUGCCCUGUGGAUACCAGAGGUGAGCAUCGCUUGUCCCGAGAGGAUGGAGCCCAUCACCAAAGUCUCCCACAUCCCACCCAGCCGCUGGUCUCUCAUCUGCAGUCUGUGUAAACUGAAGACAGGUGCAUGUAUCCAGUGCUCUGUAAAGAACUGCACCACUCCUUUCCAUGUGACAUGUGCCUUUGAGCACAGCCUGGAGAUGAAGACCAUCUUGGAUGAAGGGGAUGAAGUGAAGUUCAAGUCUUAUUGCCUCAAGCACAGCAAAUCUAAAUCUGGGGAGGCCAGCCUGAGCCCUGCUCGCUCUAAACCACCCGGCGAGGCGGGCAAGGUGGGCCAGCGGGCACAGAGACUGCAGGAGCUGGAGGAGGAGUUCUACACUCUAAUCCAGCUGGGUGAGCUGGCCCAGGACCUCGGGCUGUCAGAGCGCCUGGCCGACUUUAUCUAUCAGUACUGGAAGCUGAAGAGGAAAAGUAACUUUAACAAAGCUCUGCUGCCCCCUAAAGAGGAGGAGGAGAACCUGGUGCUGCAGCCUCAGGAGGACAGCAUCCACACACGCAUGCGGAUGUUCAUGCACCUGCGGCAGGAUUUGGAGAGGGUAAGGAAUUUGUGUUACAUGGUGAGUCGGCGGGAGAAGCUGAAGCUGUUGCAGAGUAAAGCCCAGGAGCAGAUGUUCAACUUGCAUGUGAAACUCAUGAACCAGGAGCUGUCGUCUGGUCUUCCUGCUUCAUUUCCAGUGGAGAAUAUGCUGUUUCGUCCUCCUCCACGGAUAACUCUAAAGCUGAAGAUGCCCAAAGCCUCAAGUCUUGGAAAUGGAAAUCCCAGUUCCAAAUCUGGUAACGGGCCGCUCUGUCCGGACAACAGUGGGAAUGUUACUGAGCAUUUAGGUGAAGGGCUGGGACAGGGGAAGCCUCAGCUGCACGGUCGUGGUCGGAGAGACGAGCGCUCCAAUGGCCGACUGACUUCCUCAAGCCACUCGAACAGUCCAAUGCCACCUGUUAAACCAACCGGCAAACCUCUAGCCCUGCAUGCUGCGCUCCACGGCCACUCCUCCAACAGCAAUGGCAAACUGGACCAAGACCGAGCAUGCGUGGCCAAAUCCAACGGUCUCUUAGAUAAGUUUGUGGCUCAGAGGGACAGUUCUUGCCAGACACCCAGCAACCAGGACGCUUCAAAUGAGGCUUUAGACAAGAGCAGCUUUCGUAAGUCUGCCAUGGAGCACUUUGGCAGGUCAUUCAAAGAGGCAACCAUUAACUUGGUACGGACCACAGAGGACCUGCGGGCCUCUGACAAACUGUCCCGUAAGGGCUCAGCCAAGGAGAGACUAUGGGCUAAACCCGUGCCUGAACACAAAGUGAAAGGUGUGCGGUCGUACCAGGACAGUGACGGAUACUGUCCCGACCUGGAGCUAAGUGACUCAGAGCCAGAGGCCAAAGGGAGGCACGGGCGGCAGGCUGGGCUGCCGCAGCCAGACGCUCCAAAGAAAGGUGUCAGUCGUGGGAAACAGUCGCUGGGCUCCAGACACCCCAUGCAAAGGUGACAGCUGUUGUUUUUUUGUUUUGUUUUGUUUUGUUUUGUAUUUUUGUUUUUCUUACCACUUACUGCCACUCUCCCAACCCUCUGGCAGUCUUCCUAAGUGCCAGCCUGUCUCUCUGAACACGUUUCUAUCAGGGACCAGACCAAGACCCAGUACUAAUGGUGCUGUACACAUGAAGCAGAAGACACAUGAAGGGUAUUGUGUUGUAUUGAUUCAUGAAGAAAACGUAGCCCUUUGUCACUGUUGGCGUAAGAGUAAUAAAUCUGUCAGUCUUCUGAGAUUAUCAUGCUUGCCUUUCAUUUGUGGCCAGCAAUACAUUUUGUACUCUGCACAACUUUGUAUUAAACAGCCCUGUUCCUCUACA